CCCAAAACUGGCCUCUUAAUGUUGGGGCAACUGAUAAGGAAUACUCUCGGAUGCUGCUAUGGGAAUUUUGUUGUUUUCAGUGCCUCUCUGGCCGUUCAGUGGCACCAACACGGAGCUAAUUUUCACAAGAAAAAUCCCAAAGAGUUUUCCCACUGUGGGUGUGUCUCCCAUCCUCCCGUAAUGAGUGCGUCAAAAAUUCUGAGAUCACUUGGAAGGAGGAAUUUCCUUUCACGUGGAUUUGCGUCGAAUGUUGCGGGUGAAAAGACCUCCCUGUAUGAUUUUCAUGUGGCAAAUCAGGGGAAAAUCGUGAACUUUGGGGGCUUCUUACUGCCCGUUCAGUACGGAGACUUUGGCAUUGCUGCAUCGCACAAACACACAAGGAGUAAGGCAUCCAUCUUCGAUGUCUCCCACAUGCUUCAAACCUACGUGAGAGGAAGCGCUGCAAUUGAUUGUUUGGAAUCAAUUAGUACAGCAGACAUUGGUGGUCUUCCCGAUGGUUCCUCCACAUUGACUGUUUUCACAAAUGAUCGGGCUGGGAUCCUCGAUGAUCUCAUCAUUACACGCCUCUCAGAGUCCCUUCUCUACAUCGUCUCCAAUGCUGGUUGUCGCCAGCAGGAUAUGGAUAUUAUGUCCGAAGCAGCUGAGCGGUUCCGGCGUCGUGGGAAGAAUGUCGAUUUGGAAUUCCUCAUGCCCAGCGAUCGUGCCUUGCUAGCUGUUCAGGGUCCCGAUGCUGUACGCUGCCUCCAGGAGAUUUGUGAUACAGAUCUGCGGUAUUUGCACUUUAUGACAUCCACACGUGCCGAUGUGGCGGGCAUUGAGAAUUGCCGGGUCACCCGUUGUGGCUACACGGGAGAGGAUGGCGUGGAGAUCUCCAUUCCGGCUGAUCGUGCGGUGCACAUUGCAGAAGCCCUCCUGGCGAGUAAGUUGAGUACAGUGAAAAUGGCUGGACUUGGUGCGCGUGAUUCGUUGCGUCUCGAAGCUGGACUCUGUCUCUACGGGAGUGAUAUUGAUCAGGAAACAACGCCUAUUGAGGCCAAUCUUGCAUGGCUUGUUGCAAAAAGACGAAGGACCGAAGGAGGUUUUCCAGGUGCCAGGAUAAUUGUGGAUCAGCUGAAGAAUGGAUGUUCACGACGUCGUGUGGGGAUUCGCUCAAUGGGUGGUCCCCCGGCGAGGCAUGGUGUGGAGAUCUUCACGGAAGAUGGGAAGGUUGCAAUUGGUAGUAUAACAAGUGGAUGUCCAAGCCCAAGUGCUGGUGGCAACGUUGCAAUGGGCUAUGUUGCAGAGGCUAGCAAAGCAAAUGGCACAAAGUUGCAGCUGAAGAUCAGAGACAAGCUCUUUCCAGCUGAGGUGGCAAAGAUGCCCUUUGUCAAGUCAAAUUACUACACAAAACCUAAAUCUUAAAUGAGACUUCUUCCACUCUGUAGGAGAAUAUUAUAGGAUAAUUUUUUAAUUACAAA